CACCGGAGUGCCGUCUCUACAGAGGGGGAAAAAACUACAGCUUGUCGCCGAGUCACUCUGAUUAUUACAAACCACUGAAACAUUUUUUUAUUGCUUACGUCGAUUCUGCUUUACAAAACGGUUACUCGAGCAAAGGAUGUAUAUUUACCCGUAAUUUACACCUUGAAUGUUUUCUAGUCGAGCUGAUAAUGCUUAAAAUGAAGCUGCUCAUGAGAACGGCGGAGGAAGGAGGAGACGAUACGGCCGAGGACGAGGAACAGCCCGAUCUCCAUAUUCCCCGAUCGGUCCCUUCCACUGUCUCCGACAGGCUUGAAGAUUCCUCAAGAAUUUCAGGCUAUCCACCUCGUUUGGAUAAAGAGACCGUAUUUGAGUGGUUUGGUUUGCAUUUAAAUCCUGCAAAGAGGAUCGAGUUCAUGUGUGGACUGCUCCAUAUGUGUCAGCCGCUUGAGCUCCGGUUUUUGGGCUCCUGUCUGGAGGACCUAGCACGGAAAGAUUACCACGUUCUCCGGGAUUCCGAGAUAAGGGCAAAUAGUCCGAAUGAUUUGACCAUUUUAUCGGAUGUUAUCGACCCUGUCGUGAGAUCCAAACUGCUAGUCUACUUGUCUCUACUAGGAUCUGACAGCAGGGAGUGUGCGGGAAUACUAUUUCGGAUAUUAGGCCAUAUGGAUCCCGCCUUGUUCUACAAAAACGAAUCUGUUUCUCACUUCAUGGACCCGUCUCAACAUCACCUGUUCCAUCGUCCGUGUGCGGACGGAAAAACAUUCGGGAGAACAGAACAAAAUUGCGGGCUUCCAAUGCCAAUUGAGACAGCGGUCGGACCCUUGGAGCAGUUGGCGCUGCUUUUUACUAUGGCCUCACUGCACCCAGCGUUCCCUUUUCAUCAAAGAGAAACAGUUCUACAGCAGCUGAACAAAAUUGAACUUGCUUUAGAAGAGCGGCAGCAAAAUCAGCAUAGAAUAAACGCCCAGCACAACAAGGCCCAGAAGGCAGAAUACCAGGGCCCAGCAGCCGUCAGCACCGUGGCUAUGCUGGACGAGAGGACACAAGGUCAAGGAGAGGCUCGCCGUGCCAGCCAGACAGCCCCCAGCAGGAGGGCCCAGAGGGAAGCCGUCCACAUAGAGAAGAUCGUGCUGAAAAGGAUCACCCGCACUAGAACAGACAGGGAAUACAACUUUGAGGUGAAGUGGUCUGACUGUUCAUCCAGCCUUGUCACUAAAACACACCUUGAACUGGAGAACUUCUUGUUGAAGCUUCCAAAGGAACAGUCCACGGAGUCAUUUGAGAAGGGCCUCCUUCGGCUACUCAACCAAGGAGAGUCUUAUGAGAGCAGGGAGGUGGAGAGAAACCUCAAGGAAACGUUUCUUUUGGCUCCGCAGGCUUUCAGAAAGACAACAAAGGUCUGUGGCUUCUUCCAGUGUGACUCCUCUUCUUCUUCCAACCCCAGCGGCAGCAGAUAUACCCCUGGGCCCCUGGUGAAACCCUCCAAGUUGGACUGUUCUGAGGCAUCGAGCCAGGAGGAAGGUGUGUAUUUGGAGCCGUACGUUCAAGGGCAUCGGAGGAAACAUGGCAGCAGAAGCCCCAGCCUUUGCAUUCCCAAUGCCAAAAGUUCCCAGGGGGAGAAGAGUCGGAGGGGGCCUCACAGCUCUGAGCACAACGGCCUGCCUGACUGGAGGAGAAAGAGUUGCACGCUCAAACCCAACCAGGACGCCUCCACAGAGCUGUGUCAGGGCCGAGAGAAGAGAAGCAGUCACCCUGUCGCUCUUGAACCCAACAGGGAAAAGGGGAAAAAGGGAGGGGGAAAAGAAGUCUACCUGACCAAUGGGAGCAUGGUCCCACAAGGUUCUCGGGGAGUGUUGCAGUCAACAGGAAAAGACGCAAGCUCCUGUCAGGACGUGUAUGGAGACACCUCGUCUGAGAGCUACAGCUCCCCCUCCAGCCCUCACCACCACGGACCUGAGAGCCUCGACAGCGAGGAUGAGAAGGACAAAGACACAGAUAGUCAUUCUGAUGACUCCAGUAGCCAGGGCCGAGCGGACGCCUUCUACACCUGCCAGGAGGUUCCAGCGGGGGCUGCGCCGACCACCCACCCCCUGGCCACUGCCAGGCCCGCCGGGGAGCCCCACUGCCCUGAGACCAACCCGGACUACCCCCCCAUCACGUUCCUGCACCCACUGCCCUACAUGCUGCCCAACGGCUCUCUUUCCGUGGACGUCCUGCCCGACAACAAGCCAGGCCCGAGCAUGAUCAUCCAGGUUCCCGUGGUCCUCCGAGAGCCCUUGCCCACCGCCGUGCCAGGGGAUCAGGAGAAGAGAGAUGCCCCUGCCACAGUGCCCGUUGUCCUGCCAGGGUUCAGUUCCCCUGGCCUGGCCUUACACCCCCCUGGCAGUCCCGCCCUCCCGCCCCAUGUCCAGCGCUUCAAGACAGCCCCCCCCCAGGCCACUGCCAGCCCGGAGAGCGUGAGCACCCCUCCCGCUCACCAGCCCCCGGUGGGUGCAAUCAACGUGCUCGCCCCCGGACAGCCCUACCCUCCCCCGAUGCAGGCCGCGUACCCCGACCCUGCCAACGCCCCCUUGCCACCCGCCGUCCCACUGGGGGAUCCGAUGAUCGGCCACGCCAAGCUUCAAGGCAUGGCCCUGCCGUCGGCCCUGCCCUCCCCGUACUCGAUGGCCCCCAUCCCCACCUCCGUCAUGGCCACCCUGGGGGCCGGGGGGCCCGGAGUCUCGCCCGCUGCCGGACAGGUGCAGGCGCUGGCACCCCCGGCCGUGCCCACUCACACCCCUGGGCCGGCGCCGAGCCCCAGCCCGGCCCUGACCCACAGCACGGCGCAGAGCGACUCCACCUCGUACAUCAACAGCACCAGCUGCUCCAGCAACCCCGUUGCCCAGCAACAGCAAAAGCAGCAGCAGCAGGCCGGUCCCCAGCAACAGCCCAUGUGCUGCGGGGCUUGCGGUUGCCGGGGCGGCUGCGGCGCCAGCCACUCGGCGCCGUCGUUCUUCUUCCCCCACCAGAUGGCGCCGAGGCAGGUGUUUGGCGUGCCGCCCAUCUUCCAGCUGACGUCCCUCUGUAGCAGCAGCUACCUCAGCCAGCCGCCCCCGCAGACCAACGGCCAGGCCCAGCUGCCCUUCUUCCCCCCCGCCCCGGCCCCCUACGCCGGCCAGACCAUGAUGCACACGCACCCCCACUCCCACUCGGACCACGUGCUGAGCGCCCAGCAGGGCUACGGCCUCCAGCAGAUGGCGUCGCCCUUCGGCCGCUUCUACUCGCACGUGUACCCGUCCGGCAUGGGCAUGGUGGCCGGGGCGGGGGGCGGAUGCGGCGGCGGCGCCCUGGGGGGAGCGGUCGGCGUCAACAAGAAGAACGGCAGUGUCUCGUGCUACAACUGUGGGAUAAGUGGGCACUACGCACAGGACUGCAAACAGCCUCCCGUUGACUCGACACAGCAAGGUGGCUUUCGUCUGAAGUACGCUGCCUCCCACUCUACCGACACACUAGACAACACAGACUGAAUAUGCCUUCUAGUUCCUCCAUCUUGUUCCGAGCGCUCCGAGACCUCUAAGUAUCGAGUGGACUCAAUGUUUCUCUGUCCUUGACAUUUUUUGGAUUUACAUGUUUAAAGAGCGUAUGCAAGGAGGGUCCUGAAUACUUGUGCCUGAGACGUCCUUGAUGUUCCUGUCACUGCUGAGAGCAAAAGCUGUCUCGUUUCCAUAUAGCCAAGGAUCUCAACUCUGACUUUCAUUCAGGUUGAGGUGCGAUGCCUGAAGGUGGGAUGCACUUCCCGACUACAUUGUCAAUUUUGGUCUGUACUUCAAAUCAUAAGUACUUGCCUUUCAUACCUUGGUCCUGUGAAGUCAAGUGACAAAGCCAAAGGGGGAGGGAAGAGAGCAAUUAAUUUUGUGUCCAACGUUUUGAGCAACAAGGAAAUGGUUGGUUGUUGUAAUGGAUGGAAGUGUAUUAAAGAGGAAGUCUGGAUUUCAGCCAGCAAAAAUGAAUUGGUGACUUUAGGUAGGGCAAAUAUGAGUAUAAAGGUAAGCUGUUAUGCUUUUCCAUGUUUCAUGUUUAGACUGAAAACGACUCAGAUGUAGUCAGACCGCCAUUCAGCUUCCAUGCAUCACUCCUUGAUCCAUAAGCAUCAAAGUCAAGAUGCUUGGCUAGUUUCCAUGGAGAAGCUCCCCCGUACCCCCAGUGGCUUUUGGUAUUUUGCACUGAAGACUGGGCACAAGACAGCAGCUCAUGUUUACUAACUUAUUUCUUAUAUUAUUAGAAAAUGAAUAAAGACACUACAUCUCUAAGAGUAUGGGAGCUUCUGAAAGAUGAUUUUGUUCUCAGAAAACAUGGGGAUCCAGAAAGAUCUCAGUUAAAGACUUUCCUAUACUUUGUUUUUUACAAUGGUAUAUUUAUGCUUAUACUGUUCUUUUGACUAGGAUUUGUAUUGUUUAACUGUACAGCUACAAAAGAUUAAUGCAAACAAAAAGUUAAUGUAAAAAAAAUAUUUCACUAUUUCGCUGCAGUGUUUUUGAAUGUACAACCUAUUUUUGAUUUCUUAAUGUUAAGGAAUCUUGAAAUAUCAGAAAAGGUUUCUUAAAGCAUUUGCCACUUGAUAUAAUGUGAAACGCAUAGUAACAUGUUCUUAAUCAUCAUGUCUGUCACGUCAAAGUUAAAUGCUGCUGUGUUUUUAUUUUGUUUUUUUUUUGGCAAUAUGCACUAUAUCUACCAGGAAUUCUGAAGUCUUUCAAGUGCACUGAAACAGUCCUGAAACAAAACUAGAGUCAAAUGUUAUUGCAGCAGUGACACUCUCCCAAUAUAAUCAUGUGCUUAACUGCUGGUCCUCCAUCCAGUAUUUUGAAAUGUUGUGCUGCAAUGCCGAGUUGGGACACUAGUUGUCACUCUUUGGAGCAUCAGUGGUUUGAGUGAAUAUGCUAUACUAUCAUUGAUAACGCUGUUCUCUAAAUAACAAUUUCCUUUAGACAUUUCUAGAGGACUGUAUGCCAAGGCAUAUGUUUUAUAGCCUUUGUUUAUUUCCCCUGACACGCAGCAGUGAAAUCUGACUAUUGGCAUAUGUCAUUGAAAAUAUACACAUCUGUACAUACAAGCUACAAAUGUACAGUAUGUUUAAUGAGGGUUAUAAAAAAAAAAUAUGAGUUG